AUCACCAUCGCAGUAUCAACAUCACCGUCGCAGUAUCAACAUCACCGUCGCAGUAUCAACAUCACCGUCAUGCCGAAGAAAACUUUGAAGAACGCUGCCAAGAAGUCUCGUGGCCGUGGGCUUGGACGUGAAUGCAAGGAGGAUUCAUCAUCACCCACACCCUCACGCUCACCCUCUGAUGGAGAUGAUGCAGGUUCGAACGCCUCUCGGGCAUCGUCCGUGGCAUCGGUAGCUGCGUCCGUGGCCUCCACCUCCUCUCAGCCAACCCUUGCCAAGAAGAAGAGGGCCAGGAAGACACAGUUUUGUCUUGAUGUCCAAGAGGAGCAGCUCAUGUGUGAUUUCCUUUGCGAGAACGUCAUCCUCUGGGACAUCAAAAAGACUGACUACCGGAAGGUGGACAAGAAGACAAAGCUCUGGGAGGAUCAAGCCAAGGCCAUGGGGAAAACUGUCGAGCACCUUCAAGGGUGGUUCAAGUCCCUGCGAGACAUCCACACCCGUCUCGACAAGAAGAAGAGCGGUGACGGCGCCCCGGAACUGACAGAGAGGGAGCAGUGGGUGAAGGCAAACUUCGGCUUCCUCAAGACUGUGGUCCGCCAUCAUGCUGAGCCCGUCAACAGUGUGAAGGCAACCAUUGCAGCACACAGCGGGGACCUCGAGGCUGCCGAGGCUGCAUGUGCAGCUAUUGUGGUUGAUGACGACAGCAAGCCCUCCACUGUCCCCUCCUCAUCCUCACAGCGCAAGAGCAAGCGUGGCCAGGACGAUGACCAGUUGCUGCAGUCACUCCAGAAGAGGGUGCACGAGUCUGGGGAGCUCCUCAAAGGUAUCGCACAGCCUCAGCCCAUCACAGCUACUGCAGCCUUUGCCAACUACGUGCAUGACAGCCUGGUCAGCAUGUCCAAGCGCAAGUUCCGGAAGGCACGGUCACGCAUCAACACCAUCCUCAGUGAGCUGAUGGACGAGGAGAGUGAUGAGGAAGAACCUCCCAGAGUCCCCACCUUUCCUGUCCCUGCUUCCGUGCGACCCAGUUCAUCACCAGCUACCUGAAGACACAUCCACCACCAGAGAAGAACUAAAUACAGUGACAGUGACAGUUGUGUGCUUCUCAGGAUAAGCAGAGACAGUGUUUUGGCCAUUUUUGUGCCAUUUUGUAUAUACAUGUACAUGUAUGACCAUUGUUAUCAUGUACCAUUAUUUUUCAGAUUAGCACUAAAUAAAAGUUGCAUAAACUCUU